UCCCUCGGACACAGCGGAUCACCGAUCCACAGAAAGAGCCGAAGAUGUCGGCUCGGUCAUGUGAUAAGCUGUGUCCAAUCACAGCUGAUCACAUGGGACAUGUACACUGAUCAUCAGUGCACUGAUAAUCAGUGUGCCCUGAUGAUCAGUGUAGCCCCAGCAGUGCCACCUGUCAGUGUCCAUCAGUGCCAGCUGUCAGUGCUCAUCAGUGCCACGUGCCAGUGCCCAAUCAAUGCCACAUAUCAGUGCCUACCAGUGCACAUCAAUGCCACAUAUCAGUGCCCAUCUGAGCUGCCUUUCUGUGUCACCCAUCAGUGCCAGUCAGUGCCACCUAUCAAUGCCAAUCAGUGCCACCUAACAGUGCUGCCAAUCAGU